CUCUCGGAAAGCGACUUGUGAAAAUGGGUGCUCGGGUUUCAGCCUGGUGCUUGGAUGGGCGCAGCUUGAAUCCGGCCCCUGACAUCACGGUGAUAUCAGCAUAACUUCUGGCUAUAAUGGCCACUCUCUCAUAUUGGAGGCAUGAACGACCGCAUGCUAUAUCUCUGUAUGCUGGUCGAUUGCUUCUUAUUUCUCUCAAGAUACUCUAUCCUUAUCAAAUACUAUCUAUUUCCUAGAAACUUUCGCUUGCUCCAUGCUUUCUACUUAGCCUGAUCUCAAAUCCCACCGAGACUUCGGUGCUCUAGAACAGAUUGGUUGAUUCGCAGUGUUGCGUCUCUUCCAGAAUUAUGUCUAUUUCUUCUGCUGGAAGCAUUGAUUUAGGCAACGGUGUCGACAGCCGGAAAAUUGCCUACCAUUUACUUGUUGAGUUACUCGCCCACCAAUUUGCCUUUCCAGUACAAUGGAUAGAUACUCAGAAUGUCUUAUUUGAUAGAGAGAGAAGCAUCUCACGCCUUGUGGAGCUGGGACCGUCAAAUAUCUUAGUGAAUAUGGCUCGGAGAACGAAAGAUGCUAAAUUCACGUUUCAAGACACGCUUCUUGGCAUUGAGCGUCUUUUUCUCGCCAGCACCCAGGAUUCAAAAUUGAUCCAGUACCAAUACAGUACUGACGAGCAGACGACAGCUUCUGAAACUCUAGUGGAGUCGCAGGCGACUUCUGUAUCUACACCGGAGUUGACGACCAGUGCUCCCUCACAGCCACCAGUUGAUAGAAAACCUUCACCAUCCGCUCCCGUCGCUAACAGCAUCCCCGAUGUCCCUGCCACCGCAUUAGAGAUAAUUCAGGCCAUCAUAGGCUGCAAGCUCCGGAAGUCAAUUCCUCAAGUGCCCUCAACCAAGACCAUCAAAGAUCUAGCUGCAGGAAAAUCUACUCUGCAAAAUGAGUUUUUGGCAGACCUUUCCAACGAGUUUGGUAACACCCCUGACGGUGCCGAGGACCUUCCUCUUAAUGCGCUGGCAGAAUCCUUCAAUAGCUCCCCGGAUCAUCUGGGGAAAACGAUAUCCACGUUGAUAUCCCGAUGGGUUUCAUCAACGAUGCCGGCACGGUUCAACCUAAACUCCAUCCGAGAGCAUCUACAACGUCGUUGGGGUUUGGGUCCCGGCCGACAAACUACAGUCGUUUUGAUCACUAUGACAAAGGCAGUGGCUGAGUCCAUGGGCCAGUUCCCGUCAAUUGACGCUGCUAAAGAGUUACUGGAUACGGUCACCAGCUCGUAUGCUAAGGCUUGCGGGCUUAAUUUACAGGAACAGGCGUCCACAAGCACCGUACCUUCGGCCGACAUUGUGCUGGAUACCGCUACACUGGAUAAGUUGACACACGAGCAGAAACGCCUUGCCAUGGUGCAGCAUAAGGCCCUUGCAUCGUACCUGGGGAUUGAAACGUGCGCCCACCGAGAUCCCCUUUCCGAAUCGGAUAACAUACACCAGUCUCGGCUCAAUCUUUGGAUAUCGGAGUUUAACGAAGAUUUUGAACGUCGGAUUCAACCUCGUUUUAACCGCCGCCACCAGAGGAGGUUCAAUUUCUGGUGGAACCAAGUUCGCAUGGACGUUAUCAAGAGCUGGAUUAGUCUUCUCAGUGGCCAAGUUAAAGGUCAGCCGGAAGUUCGAGCAGAUAUAAAUAUGUGGCGCCGGAUUGCGAACAGAUCGAAUGAAGAGACUAUUGAUCUGGUCAAGCGGCUCAUAGACCACUCUGACAGGACUGGUGAAUUUCAUCCUCGACUAUUUCAUCUUGGUGAACGAGUAAAGUGUUUAAUUGCUUCGUCAGCGUCGCAUCCACCGCGAGCAAGCUUUUCGCUGCCGUUGACUAAACCACGGACUAUCAUAGGGGAGGAUGGCUCCAUUCGCUGCACCGAAGUCCCACGUGAUGGCUUCUCGGACUAUGUCUCUCUUCUAAAGUCAGGACGCGCUCUACAAUUUGCUUCUCUGAAAACACGUGUCGCUGGUCAUUGGAAAGUCAAAAGCAGGAUGACAGAGGAAUUCUUCCGAGUUAUCUCACGGGUCUUGACAUACGGAAUUUCUUUCGCUGGCAAGGUUGCUCUUGUAACCGGAGCAGGCCCCGGUUCUAUUGGCGCUGAGCUUGUCAAGGGACUCAUUAUGGGGGGAGCUGCUGUCAUUGUCACCACAAGCCGCGCUAUUGCCGACAGCCAAGCAUACUUUCGCAAGAUGUACGCAGAGUUUGGAAGCAGAGGCUCUGAAUUGUAUCUCUUGCCAUUCAACCAAGGCAGCAUGCGUGAUUGUGCUGAAUUGAUCCAAUACAUCUACAGCCCAUCUGGGUUAGCAAAAAAUAUCGACAUCCUCAUUCCGUUCGCUGCCAUUCCGGAGAAAGGGAUUGAAGUCGAUGGCAUAGGUGCAGAAUCCGAAUUUGCCCAUCGUGCGAUGCUAGUCAACGUUCUCCGACUAAUUGGCCACAUUGCUCAGAUGAAGAGUGCGGAAAAGAUUGAUUGCAACCCAACACAGGUUCUUCUACCUCUUUCUCCAAAUCACGGGACCUUUGGCGGCGAUGGACUCUAUUCCGAGACAAAGUUGGGCUUGGAGAGUCUGCUUAACCGAAUUUCUUCUGAGUCGUGGGGAAAGCAGGUGUCGUUAUGUGGCGUCGUGAUAGGCUGGACCCGGGGCACAGGACUCAUGGAAUCUAAUGACACCCUGGCGGAGACCAUCGAAGCCCAUGGUGGGUUGACAUUCUCCCAGGAGGAGAUGGCGUUGAAUAUACUAUCCCUUCUCUCUCCAGACGUAGCUAGGAUGAGCGAGGACAAGCCCAUUUUGGUAGAUCUUGGGGGAAAUCUUCAGAGGUUAAAUGGGCUGGAAAGCAUUCUUAAGGACGCCCGUCAGUCCCUACGUCAGCGUGCGGAUAUUGCCAAGGCUAUCUAUGAAGAAGAUCGUCGUGAACGCUCGAUGGCGACAACGGAGACGGAAAGUGAAGAUGGACUACAUAGCAAGGACCGUAUGAGCCGGUGCACAUUGCAAAUGGAAUUUCCUCGCGAGCUCGACUACCAUCAGGACUUAGAACCCCUAAAGCACCUAACUGGCAUGGUGGACCAUUCCAGUACCGUUGUUAUCGUGGGGUUUUCAGAGUUGGGCCCCUGGGGUAGCUCCCGGACUCGUUUCGAAAUGGAGAGUCAACAACAGCUCUCUACUGAGGGCUAUAUCGAGCUUGCAUGGCUGAUGGGCUUGAUCAAACAUGUUGACAUUAACCCUCCCACUGGGCAUUAUGUAGGCUGGGUGGACGCGAAGUCGCAAGAGCGCUUAUCUGAUGGGCAGGUUGCCCAGAGAUUUGGGGAUCAUAUUCAACAGCAUUGUGGAAUUCGAAUCAUUGAACCGGAGAUGGCAGGAGGAUACGAUCCUCACGGUAAGGAGUCCUUACAAGAAAUUGCAGUGGAGGAAGACCUACCCGAGUUCGACGCAACUCUGGCUACCGCUACAGCGUUCAAACAGAAGCAUGGCGACUAUGCUGUGAUCCGACAACUGGAAGAGCCGGACUCCUUCCGUGUUCAGAUCAAGGCUGGUGCGCGGAUCAUGAUUCCAAAGAAAUCCCCUGUACCCGCGAAUUAUGUUGCUGGUCAACUUCCGAGUGGAUGGACGCCAGCCCGAUACGGUAUACCAGAAGACAUUGUGAAUCAAGUGGAUCCAGUGACAUUGUUUGCGCUAUGUUGCGUGUCAGAUGCGUUUCUCAGCGCAGGAAUAAAGAAUCCCAUGGAGAUAUUUCACCAUAUCCAUGUAUCUGAAGUGGGCAACUUCAUUGGGUCCUCGCUAGGUGGAACAGAAAAGAACCGCGAGAUGUUUAGGGAUGUGUACCUGGACAAGACAGUGCCCGGGGAUGUGCUCCAGGAGACCAACCUCAAUACUCCCGCAGCGUGGGUCAACAUGCUUUUGCUCGGAAGCAGUGGCCCUAUUAAAACCCCGGUUGGGGCCUGUGCUACCAGCCUCGAAUCACUGGACAUUGGGGUAGAUUCUCUUCUCGCUGGAAAGACCAAGAUGUGUCUUGUUGGUGGUGUGGAUAACUUCCAUGAGGACGAGGCCCACGCUUUUACGAUGAUGAAGGCCACAGUCGACACCGAAGACCAGUUUGCACAAGGUCGCACUCCUGCAGAGAUGUCUCGACCCACCGCUGAAUCACGGGGGGGAUUUGUUGAAGCUCUUGGUGGAGGUGUCCAAAUUCUAUGCACAGCGGAGCUGGCCAUUUCUAUGGGGCUGCCCAUCUACGCUGUCGUCUCAGGCUCCGCUAUGGCAGCAGACAAAAUCAGUCGCUCCGUUCCAGCUCCCGGUCAAGGCGUUCUUACAUUCGCGCGAGAGGCCCCAGAAGCUCUUCAAUCCCCGCUUCUAAAUCUAGAAUACCGCCGCGAGAAGUUGAAUGCAUCCAUUUCUCAACUUCUCUCUGGUUCUAAUGACAAGAAAAUAGGCCAUGACAGCGACGAUGAGACAGAGUUGCUUUCACCCACUCUAACCCCUGGAUUUGUUUCUCCUUCUGGUUCAUCAGGAGAUUCAGUACCAGACUCGGAUAGUCUAGAGUCAUACCAGAACAGUAUCGAUGGCUUCGAUCUUGCAAAAGAGUCUACUCUUCCGGCACAGAUCAAUGCGCUCCGCCGCCAGUGGGGGAAUCAGUUUCGACAAUUUUGCCCUACAAUCUCACCCAUGCGAGCGUCGUUGGCCACCUGGGGACUCGGUAUUGAUGAUAUUGGAAUUGUAUCGUUGCAUGGAACUUCUACGAAAGCUAAUGAUGUUAACGAACUCGAUGCAUUAAACAAGCAAAUGGACCAUCUCGGUCGUAAAGGUCCGCCCCUUUUAGCUAUGUGUCAGAAAUCUGUCACAGGGCAUCCAAAAGCCCCCGCUGCAGCGUGGAUGCUGAACGGAUGCCUGCAAGCUAUGAAUACAGGCACAGUCCCUGGAAAUUUCAAUUGCGAUAAUAUCGAUCCUGCUCUCCGGGACUUCCCGCACAUCUUGGUCACGACAGAGACGAUUCAUGUCCCUGAGAUCAAUGCCUUUUUGCUGGAUUCAUUUGGCUUCGGGCAAAAAGGGGCCCAGAUGGUCGGAGUGGCACCAAAAUAUCUCCUCGGGACACUUGAGAAAGAUGUGUACCAAGUGUAUGCAGAAAAGUGCGCCACCAGGAAGCGACAAGCGAAUCAAGCGUUUGCACAUGCUGUCAUGUCUGAUUCUCUAGUCAAGGCUCAAACUCAGCCGCCGUAUGAGAAACGGGAUGAGUCCAGAGUACUUCUAGAUCCGUUGGCUCGCGUAUCCACUAAUCCCACGUCCAAGAAGAUCUAUUUCGAUCCCGCCAAUCUCCAUGGUACCCAGCCUGUCAUGGUCAGGCCGGAGCAACCCCCGCAGGAUCAUAUUACUCUACCAGAGCCGUCACCGAUAAACGAUGUACCUGCCGCCAAAAUCUCCAUUUCUGAUAUCACUGGUGAUGUCCUGCGCUCCCUUCCACAAGAUGUGAAAAUCCGCUCAAUUGGUGUCGACAUUGAGGCCGUAAGCACCUUUGACUACGACUCUAACCCGUUAUUUAUACAACGAAACUUCACUCCCGCCGAACAGGCGUUCGCCCAGGCAUGUCGGGACCCGCAUAUGGCAUUGAUCGGGCGCUGGUGCGCAAAGGAAGCCGUUUUCAAGAGCCUUGGGGUCAAGUCCAAAGGGGCAGGGGCACCGAUGAAAGAAAUUGAGGUAAAAAGUGAUAGGAAUGGGGCACCUAAAGUGGUUUUACAUGGUGCAGCCCUACGUACCGCCAGACAGGCGAACAUAAGCAAUGUGAUUGUUAGUCUCUCAUACAGCGAAGGGAACGUUAUUGCAGUGGCAGUGUCUUUGAACACACCCGAGUCACUCUGACUUUGCAAUCUAUACUUGAAUUCUUGGAUAUUAUGUGUUACUAGAUAGUCAUAAUAGAACUUACAUUUGCCUUC